UGUUGUUUUACAAUAUUUUUGUCGUAGGAAUGUUGUAAGUAACAUAUAUAAGUAAGAACAAUCUGAUCGGAAUGAAGCUCAGCCAAUCACAAGAGACGUAUACUUUGGUGGAAUAUCCGCGAUUGGGUAAUAGUUAUGCAUGUGAUGAGUAAAGAAUUGGUGAGUAAAGAAUGACGUGGGAAGGAAAUAGUUGCAGUGGAAAGCAGUGGAAAGCUUGGUAUAGUGUUGACGACGCUAGUUAAAAGAACGUAGACAAACAAUUUCAUUCGAUAUUAUUCUAUGUCAUUUGUUUUUAUAUUUCAGUAGGAUAUUAAAAGAGUAUAGAAGAGUAUAAAAUCGUUAACAGCAUUGCAAUUUUAAUCGGGUUUUGAAUUCUUUGAAAAAGUUUUAUCAUUAUUACUUGAAGUAGUUGCGUGUAUUGUCGAAAUGUCUUUCACAUCGCAGAUACCUAACAGAGACUUUUUGUGGGAUGUGUUUAGAAGGGUAGAUAAAGAUUGUUCUGGUGCAAUUACGGCAGAUGAAUUACAGCAAGCGCUCUCAAAUGGUACCUGGACACCUUUUAACCCGGAAACUGUUCGCCUAAUGAUCGGUAUGUUUGACAUUGAAAAAACUAGUCCUACUUCUUCAGGUAUGUUUGAUAAAAAUCAAACAGGAACUGUCAGCUUUGAAGAAUUCGGAGCACUCUGGAAGUAUGUUACCGAUUGGCAAAAUUGCUUCAGAUCGUUUGAUCGUGACAAUAGCGGUAAUAUUGAUCGUAGUGAAUUAAAAACUGCUCUGACACAUUUUGGAUAUCGUUUGUCAGAACAUACGAUAGAUAAUCUUAUACGUAAAUAUGACAGAGCUGGUAGAGGAACCAUAUAUUUUGAUGAUUUUAUACAGUGCUGCGUCGUUCUUCAUACAUUAACCGCAGCCUUUCGGCAAUUAGAUACAGACUUGGAUGGCGUUAUCACUAUUCAUUACGAACAAUUUUUGGGUAUGGUAUUUAAUUUGAAGAUUUAAAGUAUGCUCAGAAGAAAAUAUAUACCUUGCCGUUCAAUGAUGAUUACAAAUAUAAUAUAAUACAUGUUGCCAAAUAAAUAAUAUUCUAUUUCUACACGUUUCAAGGGAAAGUAAAACUACUAUCUAUCGACGUUCUUAGGUUCGUCCAAAGAUCAAUUAUCUGUUUCUAUCGAUUUCAAAUAUUCACGGUUUGCCUAUACACUUAAGAUCGUUAUUUUCUUAUUCAUUUAUUAUUAAUAUUACUAUAAUAUUAUUAUUAUUAAUUGUUGUACAAUAUUCCUAUUGUAGAUCUGUUUCUACAUCUUUUUAAUAUCCAUGUUUAUGCUUAAAUGAUAAAAUAUAGUAAAGUAUUAUAUUUCCA